CUGAGAUAUAUUUUCAUCCCAUAUCACCUUAUCUCAUUUUAUUUUAUUUCAUCCCAGUUGAUUAAUGUCUUAAAUUGAUCAUCUUAGAUGGGUGGACGAGUUCACAGCCCACCUGGUGUUAAGUGGUUACUGGAGCCCAUAGACAUCUACAACGUAAAUGUGCCACCCACCUUUAGAUAUAAGUUGUAAGGUCUCAGUAUAGUUACAACGGCUGCCCAGUGUAUAAUCUAUGGGCUGCCCCCCCCUUCAAACCGAAACGCAUUACUGCGCAGCAGAAAUAGGCAGGGCGGUGGUACCUAGCCGCGCGGACUCACAACAGGUCCUACCACCAGUAAUUACGCAAAUUAUAAUUUUGCGGGUUUCACUUUUAUUACACGAUGUUAUUCCUUCACCGUGGAAGUGAAUCGUGAACAUUUGUUGAGUACGUAUUUCAUUAGAAAAAUUUGUACCCGCCUGCGGGAUUCGAACACUGGUCCAUCGUUCAACACGAAUGUACCGGACGUCUUAUCUUUUAGGCCACGACGACUUCAAAAAUUUACCAAUUUAGAUACCAGGUCAUAAAAUCCUUAAAAAAAUAGUCUCCAUAGAUAAUACACAUCAUAUUUCACAGAGAAGUCAGUCCUGUCAUAACUCCAUGAUAGACACAUAAUAUUCGUCCGUAUCCAGCCAAAGUUAAUUUGAAACGUUAGAAAAUUAUGAAAAACUACAAAACUACACACAUAUUUAAGUAAUUUGGAAAUGGGUAGAUAAGUAUGAGAUAAUUUAUGUGUACUCAAGCAUGCUGUAUUAAUUUUCUCACAUAAUAUGGAAUAUGAUUGUGCUGUUUGCUUGCAAAAAUGUCAACAUCCAACAAAACUAUCCUGCGGUCAUGUUUUCUGUUUUCUUUGUGUGAAGGGUGUAGCUCAUCAAAGCAGAAAAUGUGCAAUGUGUCGCACAGAAAUUCCUUUAGACUACUUUGAAAACCCUGUUCUAUUGGACAAGUCUAAUCUUCAGUAUGCUGCCAAUGUUGAUGGAGUAGAAGGAUUCCAAUGGUAUUAUGAAGGAAGAAAUGGUUGGUGGAAAUAUGAUGAGCGUAGCAACUCUGAAUUAGAAAAUGCCUUCAAUAAUGGAGAAUCAGAGUGUACUUUACUACUGGCUGGGACUUUGUACAUUGUUGACUUCCAAGCAAUGACUCAAUUCCGUAGAAGUGAUCAUACUCGCAGGCGGCGGGUGCAAAGGGAUACCCCACGGUUACCUGCCAAAGGAAUAGCCGGUAUAAGAACAAAUAUUAAUCAAGUGCCAAUUGAAAUAAAAGAUGAAACUGAAGAUAAUGUCAACGAAAAUCAUGAUAAUGCAGAAACUGAAAUUAUAAUAACAGAUAAUGUGCAAAAUAGUAAUGGAUCUGAACACAUUUUGAAUCAAAACGUGUCAUCAGUUCAAUCUGAGGAUAUUGAUGAUGUCGUUUCACGAAUCAGUACUUUAGAUCUCAAUAAUGCUGAUUCAAACGGUCUAAUUGAUGAAAGUUGAAUGAAGAUUUCUAAAUUACAUCUUAAGUAAUUGGAAGUGUUAAAUGUGGCUAAAUAUUUAUUUUCCUUUACGUAAUUAAAGUUAUUUAAAAUAUUA